AUGCUUGAUGAAAUUGAAAGUAGCAAAAAUAUACAAGAUUUAAAGAUAGACAUUUUACAAGGUAUUAAAUAUAUUAUUCAAGGCUGGAAUAAAGUUACAGAAAACACAAUUAAAAACUGCUGGCGUCAUACUAAACUUAUUUCUUUUUGGGAUAAUCAUGCAGAUAUAGAUGAGAAUGAAGAAGAAUCGCUUGAAGAGCCAUUGCUUGAAGAACUUUUUAAAAAUAUUGAAGAUCUCAAUUUUUCUGAUUCAAUGCAAGUAGAAGAGUAUCUAAAUAUUCCUGAUGAAAAUAUCAUUUACGAAGUUUCUAAUAAUAAUCAAAUUAUUUCAGAUCUUAUAGAAACAUUUAGAGAGAGAUCUGAUAAAAUAGAAUAUGAAGAUCCAGAAAAGGCAGAUGAUAGUGUUGAAAGAGAAAUUGUAAAACCAAGUGAAGCCUUUAAAAGUCUAGAUAAUAUACACACCUUUUUACUUCAGCAAAAAGGUGUGAAUGAAUGUAUAAAGCUAGUUAGUAUAAUUGAAAAAUUUAUCACUACUAGAAAAAAUGAUUUGAUGACACAAUCUAAAAUAGACAAAUAUUUUAAUAUUAAUGUUGAUAGAAUGGAAGAGUUACAAUCGCUGGAUGAUCUGGAUGAUUUGAUGUUUUAG